AUGAAGAAGAUGGUCGUUAACACCCUCGCAUCCAUUCCACUCUUGGCUAUGUCAUUUUUCCUUGCCUUUGCCUCCGAUCCUAGUCCUCUUCAGGACUUUUGUGUGGCUGUCAAUGACACAAAGACCACUGUGUUUGUUAAUGGGAAAGUCUGCAAGGAUCCAAAGGUUGCGACACCAAAUGAUUUCUUCUUUUCAGGGCUUCGGGUUCCUGGAAAUACCUCAAACAAAGUUGGGUCAAUGGUCACACCGGCAAAUGUGGCUCAGAUACCCGGACUCAACACCCUUGGCAUUUCCCUAGCUCGUGUUGAUUAUGCCCCAUAUGGUCUCAAUCCUCCCCACACCCACCCCCGCGCCACAGAGAUACUGACCGUCCUGGAGGGAACACUUUAUGUAGGCUUCGUGACCUCUAAUCCUGACAACCGCCUCAUCUCCAAGGUCCUUUACAAAGGAGACGUUUUCGUCUUCCCAGAGGGUCUCAUUCACUUCCAGCUCAAUGUGGGAAAAACAAAAGCAGUCGCCAUUGCUGCAUUGAGUAGCCAGAACCCUGGCGUGAUCACCAUUGCCAAUGCGGUAUUUGGCUCAAAGCCAGCAAUUUCAGCUGAUGUUCUUACAAAGGCCUUCCAAGUGGACAAGAAGGUGGUUGACUAUCUUCAAUCUCAGUUCUAGACUGACAACCACACCGACUAGAA